AUGGCGGUGUCUUCAUCCGCCGCCGAGUAUACUCUUAAGUUGAACAAGGUAGCUACAUGCCAUUAUGUUAUUAAUGCAGUUUAGUGUGUACUAGAACACGUACUCUAAUCUAACCUGUGAAUAAAGCACAUAGGAUCUGACAUCACCUAACUUAACCAAACCUAACGAAAACACGAAUACGUCGACAACUACGUACAAGUCUUUCUAGUUAGUUCCUACUUUUGUCGUUUGACAUUGUCCGGGAUGCGCAACUACACGUGCGUGAUAACAGAACCUGUGACAGCUGAGUCAUAGCAGAAUAUUAUCAAAACCGGCGCCAUAAUUACUACAUUUACUAUUAUAUUACAAUUUAUUUUAUUUCAUUUACUCAUUUUUAUUGUUAGAGUUUUUAAUAAUUAGUAUCAAUUAAUAUGGUAUAAAUUCUUGGACCUAACCUAAUCUACUAGAACGACGGAAAUCAUUAGUAAAAUUGUAGAUGUUAUUUUGUUUUUUUUUAUAACAGGUAUACCUACGACUUAAACACUAAGAAAUUCAAUUGAUCAUGUCAUAUCAAAAUAUGGAGAUUAUAUACCAAGGGUGGCUAAUAAAAUCACCACCUGAAAAAAAAUUAUUAAAAACAAUGGGUUUUAAAUUGGUAAGUCAAAAUGAUUUUAAUUAUUUUUAAUUUAUUUAAUCUAUUAAUUUAUUUCGAACAAUUUAGUUAUAAUUUUUAAGGAAAAGUAUUCUGUACAUUUAAUUUUAAUUAUAUUUUGUUUUUUUCAUUUGGUAUAAUAUCUGACAUAUUCUCCAAUAAAAAUUAUAGUAUUACAUUUAAGUUAAAUGUCGAUCUUGUAGAAAAAAAACCAACUAAUUUCUUACUAAUGUCUUUUCCCAACUAUUUGAGGUCAGCCACCAUAGUCCUGAAUUUUUAUCAGACAAGGUUUCGCAUGUCACUCUUAAUAUUAUCUAACAAUCUGCUUUUCAUUAUUUCUCUUUUCCUCUUUCUCAUAGGGCAACCUGAGAAUUAGAAGGUUAUAAGUAAACUGUUUUUUUUUUUUUUUUUUUUUUUUUAUAAGAAUACAAAUAUUUUUUUUUUUUUUUUUUUUUUUUUUUUUUGUAAUAUUUGUAUGUAUUAAACCUAUCUAUUAUCUAUAAUUAAGUUUGAAUGUUUUGUUUUGUUUUUUUUUUUUUUUUUAUAAGAAUAUAAAUAUUUUUUUUCUUACUUUAGAAAUGGCGCAAACGAUGGUUUGUUUUACACAACUCUAAUUCUCAUUUUACCCUUAGUUAUUAUCGAGAUAACUAUUGUAGUAAACUUAAGGGCCAAAUUAAUUUAAAUCAAUGUGAACAAGUAAGAUUCAUUACUAAAGUUAUAUAUUAUUAUUAUUAUUUUAAUAGGUACCAAUUUUAAUUCAAAAUGAUUUCUAAAUACAAUAUUUCUCAUUUAUGCAAAACAUUUUCUAAAAUCAUGAUUUUUGAAAUUAUAAAUAUUUCCAAUUAUAAUUUAAAAAGAAAACUUAUAACAAAAUAUUAUAACUUUACAUAAAUUAUUAAUUGCUCUUAACUUUUUUUGCUUCAAAAAUAAUUUUACACAGAUUUUUAAUUUAAAUUUGUAAUUAUAAUUAAAAACUAAUAAAUAUUUGGUAUAAUUAUAUAUAAUAUUAGUAAUAAAAUAAAACUACCUGUUAUAUAAAAGGUGUAAGACGAAUAUCUGCCACUUGAAAUAACAUUUUUUCUAUUCAAUAUUUUGUAUGCAUUUUUUAAAAAUAAUUAGUAUACCUGUGUACUACAGUUAAUUUAUGAAUAUUUUUUUGUUAGGGGGGGGGGGCUAAAAUACAAAAUUUUAAAUUUUAAUUUAAUUUUUUUUAAACAAAUUCAAAAUAGCCAUUUUUGAAAAUGGAUUUAUAAAAAAUGUUUGGUAGUUGAAACUUCUGUUUAGAUAUGGUCUUUUAUUUUUCACAGUUUAUUAGUUUGUUUAUAGUUAUUUUACCUGAAAUUUUAGCAAAUUUUGAUAUUAUUGUGGUUUAUAAUCUGUUACAAUAUUUAAUCAGCAAUUGGAGCACAUCAAAUGACAAGAAUUUUCUUUUCCCCUGAGUUAAUAAUAGAUAAUAAUAAACAAUAAUAACAUUUAAAUUUAAAAAAGGUUCAAAACAUUUUACAAAAUAACAGACCAUUACCAAACCAAAGUUUCAACCACCUAAAAUUUCUUAUACAUUUAUUUUACAAAAUGGCUAUUUUAAUUUUUUUUAAAAAUUUUAAUUUAAUUUCAUUUAAAUUUUGUAUUUGAAGUUAACUCUUCCUAAAAAAAAAAAUGUUCAUGUAUAAACUAAAGCGCAAAAGCAUACUAAUUAUUUAAAAAAAUAUUGAAUACAGCAAAAGUUACUACAAGUGGCAGGUCUUCAUAUUACACUUUGUAUAUCACAGUAUUGUUAAUCAUCAUUUAUAAUUAGGGUCCUGAAUAAUAUUAGAUCUUUAUAUAAAUAGUAUAUUAUAUUAUAAAAUGAAAACUUGAUUUUUGGACUUUAUGUAUAUUUAGUAAAUGAGAAAUAAUGUAAAAAAAGUACAAUUAUUUUCAAGUUGCACUUAUACAAGACAAUGAUUCAUUUUCUUAUAAGGUAUACAGAGUAAUUUUUUUUGAUCAUUAACCAGCAAUUUUUUUUGGAGAAUUUUAAGUGAAUUUGAUUUGUUUUUUUUUUUUUUUUUUUAAUAAUUGUGUCAUCAUUUAAAAGCUUUUCUUCAACAAAUAACAAUUUUAAUCUUUUACCGGUGCCUACUCCAUAUACCUUAAAUAAGUACAUACUUUUAUUUCUCAAAAAAUUUAAUGUUUAUGAGUUGUAAACGUUUAAAGUUUAGACCUGACAGAAGUUAUAAAUUUAUCAUUCAAAAAUAGAUAUGCAAUUUAUUACCUUUCCCUGCUCCUUCAAUCUAAACUUUAAAUGAUUAUAACUCAUAAACGAUAAAUCUGAUAUUAGUGUUAUGCAUACCAAAAAUUCCAGAAAAAUAUUUUCUAUUUGAAUCUAUGUUUAAAAAGGGUAUUUUUUAUUUGAAAAAUAAAAGUUCAUGAUAAAAAAAAAUCACUCUGAAUAAUAAAUCUGAAAUUGACAAAUUUUUUAUUAGGUUGAUUGUGAAUUAAAAUGUGAUAGUUGUAAAUACCAAUACAUAUUUGAUAUAAAAACACCAGAAAGAACUUACUAUUUGGCAGCAGAAUCAGAAGAAGAAAUGAAAAAAUGGAUACAUUUUGUGCAUAAUAUUUGUGGUCUAAAACUAUUUACUGGUGGUGAGAAUGCAUGUAUAUACUUAAUUUAUAUUAAUUUUUUUAAUGGCUUAUCCUUGGUUAUAUUUUAUUUUAGAUUCUGAAUGCAUGUGUUUUAUGUGUCAUAACAGGCCCAUUCCUGUUAGUUCUACUAUAAAUAAAUAUGAAUUACCACAAUCUAUUCAACCAUCCCCAAGUUUUAGUACAAAAUCAAAUUUUGAUGAUGUCGAAUCUAUAAAUGAUAUUUUACCACCUGUCAUCAAUUGGUUAACACACCCAAAAUUUUCUCAAAACCCAUCAAAUUUAUCUAAAAGUCCUAGUUUUAAUAACAUAUUAUCAACAGAAUAUACUUUAAUUCCCCCACCAAGACCACCAAAACCUGCACACCUUAAAGAAACAUUAGGACAAAAAGUCAAAUUAGAUGAACCUGUAAAUGAUAAUAUUUACGAUUUUCCAAGAUCCCACCAAAUAACACCACCUUUAUGGUCAGCCAAGGCACAUUAUAAUCAUUAUUAUAAAAAUGCACCACCCGGUAAAAUUAAUUUAGAAAAUAUAAAUACAUUUCAUUCUAAAACUGGAGAAGAUAAUACUGUGAGAUUAGAAAAUAGAAGUUUCACAAAUUCACCUUUUGCCGUUUCCAAUACAAACUUAUUUUUAAUAGAACACACUCCUCCUCCUGUGAAUCGUCUAUUAAAGCCAAAGCCUAGUGAAAAUUUUUGUUGCAAUCCUAACAAAUGUUUCCCAUUAGCUCCGUUCACUAAUCCACCUGUUGUAGAAGGUGUUAGGAAUUUUCAAUGUAAACAAAACCAAGAAUCCUUUAGUGGUAAAUUUUUAUAUUUGUUUAUCUUAUUACCUAUAAAUUAUGUUAAUAUUUGUUUAUUUUAAUUAUUUGAAGGUAUGAGUAAUACUCUUUUAACUGAUACUCGUUCACAAUAUCAUCCACUAAUAAGAAGUUUGAGUCAUGAAAAUUCAAGUAUAGAAUCUAAUACUGUACCUACAUAUUUUGAAUCUUUAAGAAGCAAUUCAAAAUCUAGACAUAACAAAUCUUCAGACAAGGUAAUAUUUUAAUUUUAUUAACAGUUUAAUAUAUGUGUAUUAACAUUUAACUCUCAUUAUGCCGAAUCUUAAGAGAAACAUAAAUUAAUUAGAGAUAUUAAAUUUAUUAAAAAUUUUAAAAUGUAAAAAAAAACAUCAUGUCUUUUCUUCCAAUAUGUAAGCCAACCAUUACUACUAGUUUUAAAAAUAGUGAGACCUAAAUUAACAUAUAUUUUAUUUUUAAAAUGAAAAAAAAGAUUUUACAAGAAAAAAAAUGAAAUCAGUAUCACUGUACGUACAGUAAAUAUUUGCUGUUAUACCUACAAUUUGUUUACUAUUUAAUUAUUAUGAAAACCCUUUAGAAAAUCAAAAAAUUAUCAUCUCAAAACACAAAUUACAUAAAAUUUCCUUUCAAAAUAGGUGCUACACUUGAUAUAUUAGAACAAGAUAUCUGGUAGAAAAAUUACUCACAUAUAAAAAAAACCUCGCAUCAUAGUAAAUUUACUCCACUCCUUACAUAAAAGAUUGAUAUUACUGAUGGGUGAGCCGCUGUUUUAGGAGGGAAGUUUUCAGAAAUAUAUAUAGAGAAAUUAAAUUUAUAUCUGUAUGCAACUAUAAAUCAUUGCUAACGAAAAAUUAUUCUAAGCAUUUUUUUGGCAAGGUACUUAACCCAGGAAUCAAUAAAAAUAAUACAACAAAUUGACAGUUUUUCCCAUUAAUUAAGAGAACAACGAGAAAAAUCAAAAAAUUAUCUUCUCAGUGUACCAACUAGAUUAAAAAUUCUACAAAAAAACUCCUAGACAAUCUUUUAUUGGAACAAAAUUUCUGAUAAGAAAAAAGUAAAACCAAAACAUUGCUCAGAAUAUAAAAAAGCCCCUUUAAUAAAGUAUGUAUUUUAUUGUAUUCAAAUAUUCGUUAAUUGAUUAAAUAUUUAUAAUACUUCCAAUUAAAUAAUUUAGAUAAUAGGUAUCUCUACCUAAACAAUUUUUUUAUAUUCUAAGCAAAGAAAGGAAUUUAUUAACUAGUUUAUUGAGCAAUGUACCUGGAUACCUUUUAUACCUUGGCGUUUACGCUUAUCUGUCAGAUACUGGUAGCCGAUUGCUCUGAAGUAUAUAAAUUCCUAACAACAUGUUUGCCAAGCUAAACCAACCAACCAAGUGCUAGGGUGCCGUGUAUUUAUCAAAUGUCGGUGUGAACGCAGUGUGUGUGUAUGUGGAUGUGUGGCUUAAAUACUAAGAGGAAGGGUAACUAAAUAAAUGGUAACUCAAAAAAUGCUUUAAUUACUGUGUGUAUUGCUGGUACAAAUUUUAAAAAUGUAAAAAUGACCCUCUGGAUCCAACAACAAAAAAAGGUAAACAGUAGAAAUAAAUCACAGCAAGCACAUAGUACAAACAACAAAUAGGUAGGUAUAUAAAAAUUAUCGAUAGUUAUCCGAGUAAUUAUCCCAUUCCAGCUCAACAAGAAAUCAUAUUAACAACAAUAGAAAACAAUUUACUCACAAUAUUCAAAUGGAGCGUAGACUGGCCAACCGCUAUAGGUACCUAUAAUCUAAAAUACAAAAAUCCUCGACGAAAAUACACAAUACGAUAACAAUAAAACGGGAACAGUUAAUUUACGAUCGGUAACAGUGGCUGGCACAAUAAAAUAAUCAUACAAAUAGGCGAUUUAGAUAUUAUGCCAAAAAUUUUGUUCCAAAUACACUAUUUUCGACUGGACCAUUUUGAACGGAUGAACAAUAAUAAUAAAAAAAAAAAGUCCGACGCGUAUCGCGUCCGCGUAUUACAUAAUAGGUACCUAACCUAAUUGAUAAUAAUGAUUGUUUAAAUUAUCUUAAUCUAAUGAAUGCGCAAGUGAUUGUGUGAGUGCGUCCAUCAGUCCCGUAGCCGUGACCGUGAAAUAUACGAUAUCGCAUAGACGGAGGCACGCGAGGGAGCUUUAAAUAAAACCGCGAUUAAGAGGACGCCACACAGACAUCUACUGUCACCAAGAUCAAGUAAAUUUGCGUUCAGUAGGGCACAUUUUAUGCUGUUAGUUUUAAUAUUAAAACAAAUAGACCUAUGUAUCACCAAAAUUCAAGGUAGGACGAUUAUAAUAUGUGCUCUGGCGUUGAUGGUUUUUCGAUAUUUUUAUUUUUAAAUGAGAUAUGAGCAUAAGCACAACUAGGGAGAUGCUAAAGUGUCUUUAGCACCCCCAAAAAUACCCAAUAAGCUGUUUUAUAGUAAAGACUAAAUAAUGUAUCCAUGUAUUUUAUAAUUAAUAAGCACAACAAAAUACACAAAUUACCUACUGACAAUGCAUGUGUUAAUAAAGUUGAAAAAUGUAUGAUACAUUUUUACAUAAAAAUUGUAAAUAAAAUGUGUAGUUGCUUAUUAGAAGUAUUGUGUAAAGAGGAUUUUGGGAGUAUCACCUCUAUGGGUCUAUGGUGUGUAUAAUUUUAGCAACCCAAAGGUUGGUGGUCUAGUUGCGCCUUUGAAUAUGAGUAUGUUAAAUAUCACAAUAUAAAAAUGAUUAUAUCUUGCUUAAAAAUUUAAAUAUCAAAAAAAUACCAACACUAAGGCCAUGUAAAAUCUUCUUACCUUUAAGUUUGGUAAUAAGUUAAUUUGCUUUAAUACUGAGAGCAAAUUUGCAUUUGCAACAACUCAAAAAUAAUCAAAAAUUAGUUGACUACAAAGUUUUUUUCUUCUCUUUUUCAAAACUAUUUCAAUUCAAAAACGCAAUACAAAUUAGUCAUAUUAUUGAGUACUAAAGAGCUCUUAUUUCGUUUUAGAGUAACAAAUUUGGAUUAAGAUAUUAUCGGUGAUGGAUCUAACACCCAGACAACCUGGGCAUAUCUGACCAAGCCUCAGCCAUGUGGGUCCCCUUAGCGAAAAUGUAAGGGUAAAUAAGUAUAAAAAUAGUUAUGCUACAACACAUCAUAUUAUUAGAAGUUAUUAUACAAUACAGAAUGAAUAUCAUAACAUUUUUAAUUUGAUUCAGUAAUAAUUUUAUGUAGAAUUAAAUUCAUUAGAAUCUAAAUUAAAUUAUAUUUAAAAUUUGAAUGCAUGCCUAAUUUCAUUUUAGAUUCUUAGUGGAGCAAAGUAGCUUAUGGUUUUACAAAGAUAUUAAUUUUUUUUUCUGUGAAAAGAUUUUAUACCAGAAAUCUUGCUCUGAUUUUUAAGUGUAGCAUCUUUUCUUUGUGUAAAAUAAAAUAUUUAGCAUAUUUGUUAUUGUUUUUACAAGUGUUUUAAGUUCAAAUUUAUAACACAAUAUAGUAAAAUACAAACAAUAUUGUAAUUUUUUUUUGUAGUUAUAAAUUAGUACAAGUUUUUUGUUAUAAAGCACCAUUGAAUCACAAUAAUCUUAAAGUUGAAAAAAAUAUAGACUACCUUUUUACCUAUCUUUCUAGAUAGACUACCUUUUUUCCAAUGUACCCUUGAUAUGUUCUAUGACUAAAAAUAUAAUUUUACAUUAAUUUUACUUAUAUUCAAUAUUUAAUUUUUGAAUUUAUUUAUAAAACAUAAUAUCUUGAAAAAUUUCUAUCAGAUAACUUUUAAGUUUAUUUAAGUAGUUUUAUCCUCAUUUAAUAUAUGAAUUAGGAACAAUAAACAAAUAGUAAAUAUUGUAAUAAUAAAUGAACUGCUCACAUGUUUGUCAUGUUUAUGAUUAAAAUGUGCCUAAGUUAUUAAUUGUAUCUAUAUACCUAUUAGAGGAAAUGUUUAUAAUAUAUUAUUUUUAAUUCUAGGUAUUAUCAUAUACAAGUAAUAGGAUUUCUUCAAGUUCAACUUGUUCUAAUGAAGCUAUUCUAAAUGAACUUGGCUCAAUAAAAGUAAGUUAUCAAAUUACUGCAAAAAUAAUAACAAUAAUAAAUUAAACAUAAUAUAUAAAUGUACAUGCUUAGGUCUCUGAAAAAAACAAUUUCAUGGGUAAUGAAGACUAUACAUUUACAACAAUAGAUUUUUUUAAAACAUCUGCUUUAAGGAUCACUAGACAAAUGGCUGAGCAAGAUCGAAAAAUGGGACGAACACGUAAUCACAAUAAUUAA